CCCGGCCCGGGGAUGCGAAGCUGAGCCUGAUCCUUCCAGUCUCUAGGAUCCGUGCCGGCCAGUGCCGCCACCUACGAGAAGCUCUCCAGGAUUGCAGCAGGCGCAGCCAUGAUGAGCGGGCUUCUGAAGAGGAAGUUUGACCAGCUGGACGACGAUACUUCGGCCUCCUCCGUCUCGUCCCCCUACUCGCGCUCCUGCUCGCCGACCUCCUCCGAGUCCUCGAGCUGGGACUCUGACGAGGAGGUGCCCCCGGCUGCCUUCGUGCCCAGGGACCUUGUCGCCCCGUCCAUCCUCAAGAAGAGCCGGCGCUCUCCAGCGCGCAGCGUGACCUUUGCCGGAGUGACCGUCUUCUACUUCCCGAGAUGCCAGGGCUUCACCAGCGUGCCCAGCCGAGGGGGCUGCACCCUGGGCAUGGUGAGGAGGCACAGCGCCUGCUGCCACUUCAGCCUGGAGGGCUUUGCCCAAGAGCAGGCCCGCUCCCGGAAGGAGAAGCUGCACAUGAGGCUGAGGGAGGAGAAGCUGGAGGCCCUGAAGUGGAAGGUGAAGGACAGCGAGACGCCGGAGCCCGAGGAGCCGCACCCGCUGCCCCCGGAGGAGCCGGACGUGGAGGUGACCGAGGAGGAGCUGGACAGCGGAGCCUUCCUGCAGCCGUACUCGGCCCGACAGCGGCGCCGGCUGCUCCGGGCCACGGGCGUGCGGCGGAUCGACCGGGAGGAGAAGCAGGAGCUGCAGGCCAUCCGGCUCUCCCGGGAGGACUGUGGCUGCAAGUGCCAGGACGUGUGUGACCCCGAGACCUGCAGCUGCACCGUGGCUGGGAUCAAAUGCCAGAUGGACCACACGUCCUUCCCCUGCGGAUGCACCAAGGAGGGCUGCGGCAAUCCGGAGGGCCGGGUGGAGUUUAACCAGGCCCGCGUGCAGACCCACGCCCUCCACACCCUCACCCGCCUGGAGCUGGAGAGCCAGCAGGAGAGCCCGGGCUGCGAGCCGCUACAGGACGCCUGCGCCGCCUUCGAGGGCCUGGAGGACGAGGCCGGGCCCCUGGGGCCUCCCCCCCCGACCCCGACUUUCCCCUUCCCGCUGGACCUGGGCGAGAGCAGCUGCAGCAGCGACAUGAGCGACUCCGCGGCCUCCUCGGCGCCCAGCGAGGACCCGGCCGAGGGGGCGCCCUACGGGGGAGCCCCGCCCCCGGGGACGUCCGAGGGGGACGACGACGAUGGCCUGGCGCGGCUCCUGCAUUUCGGCGACCCCGACGUCCCGGAAGCGGACGAGGAGGAAGGGGCCGCGGCCCCCGGCACGCCCCAGGGCCCGGAUCACUUCGGCUUCCCCUCCCUGGACCUGUUUGGCGCGGCCGACGGCUACCCCGGCCACAUCUCCGGCCUCGUCUCCGACUGCCUGGAUGAGAACGCCAACCAGGACGCCCUCUGCUGCCUGAGCGGCCUCCCCGGGCGGCCGGCCGCGGGCCCCGCGCCCUGCUGGCCCCUCCCUCCCUCCACAGACAGCUGCAAGAGUUACACAGACCUGUCGUCCUCCGACUCCCUGGAUCUCUUCCAGUCCUUCUCCGACUACAGCCUGGGCCCGCUCUACCCCUCGCCCAAGGACUCGGAGAGCGGGGAGACCCUGCCCGGGCCGCAGCCCGCCUUCGCCCCCGCCGGCGACCCCGCCGCCUGCUUCCUGGAGUCCCUCAUCGGCCUCUCGGAGUCGGUGCCCGAGAUGCCCGCCCCCUUCUCGGACAGCCAGCUGCUGGAGGACGCCAUCAAGUCGUCCCUCAUGGAGAUGGUGAAGGUCUGAGGCCCGCGGCGGCGGCGGCGUCACUCAGGGACUGGGGGUCCUGUCGCGGCGGAGCCGGCCGAGCGUCCGGAACGUGAUUGGCGCUCGCGCCCGGCUCCUGCGGCGCCGACGGGGCGACCCCUUUCGUAUUUAUUGCAAACCGAAAGGACUGGCGCGGUUACUGGCGCCGAAAAUAAUAUAAGUCUUAUUUAAACCGAUCGUACGUACCUCAGAUGUAUUGGGGGCCGCGCAGGCCCGUUAUUUUUUUAUUAGAAUACAUCUGUAUUUAUUAUUAUUAUUUUUUCUUACGCUCUGUACCGAGGAGAGCACGGAGGUUUUGGGCACAAACUGAAAGGUACGGUGGGAGACCCACCCCCCGUCUGAGCCCCCGUCUGAGACUCUGCGCCUCCUCGUUCCCGCCCAUCCAGAGGUUUUGGACAAGAAAAGGCCUUGGAUGUCCCGAAAGCCUUUGUCAGCUUUGCCGCCAUUCUCAGAGACUAAGGAAGCUCUGGGCCGGAGCAGCCGCCGCUCGGGCCAGACCGCCUCGCCAAUGGCGUCGAGGUCGCGGGGCGCGCAGGGCGGCUGGAGGUCGCGGCGCCUCCUUUGGAAACCGAGCCUUUGUAAGUUAUUUCUGUAAUUUAUUGAGAAAUUGAUGAGGAUUUGGCCUGAGGCCGAAGCGAUGGGCUCUCCCCGGGCUGGCUGCGCCCCGUCGGCCGCCAUCUGUCCAGCUGAGCUGAGCCAGAGAAUCAGAACCCGGGGAGCCGUUUCUGCCGCGAAGGGGGCCCUCCCGGUUCCCUGUGGCCGGGCGGUCUGGCUGCUUGUGUGUUCUGAUCCGAAGUACCAGCCUGGAAAGGAAACAGUCCGGACUCUGGGGGAGGGCCGAGAAGGGCCGGUGGGGUCCCUGGCCUUUGCCCCGGGGCUAGCCCCUUCACAUCCCACCCCACCCGGGAGAGCGAAGCCCCUGCCGGGUCAGCUCCCGGAGCCCCUUCCCAUCCCCUCUUGAUUGGGAACAUUCCAGGCCCACGGUCCCCUCCCCACUGAGCCCUCGGGGGCUUGACCUGGAGCCCUGGUUUCCAAGCUUCCUUUCCCUCCCUGCUCCGGGACACAAGGGGGUAGAGAGGAGAGUAUGGAGGAAAGGGGCUGCCCGAGCACGGGGCAGCUAGCAGGGGUGGUGACUGGCCAGCUUCCCCUCUGGGGCAUCAGGACCCCCUUCCCCUUCUCCCUCUCUCCCCAUAGAUUUUACAGAUUGUCAGAAUAUCAGCAUUUUCCAGGCUCAUUCUCUUUGCCAAAAAUCAACGUUUCCUUCCUGGGUUGGGUGCUCAGCACAGACAGAAUGGGCAUCCGCCCCGGCCCCAGCGCUUCUGGGGUCGCCAUCCCUCGGGUCACUUAUCCUCCUGUACAUAUGUCAUGAUUAUUUUGCUUAAAGGUACAAGUAAAGAAAAUGCUUUAUUUUUAA